AUGGAAGACGCCUUAGAGCACACCGGUAUAAAUACAUCUUUCUAUUGGAAAUUCACACUGAUCAGGGAAUUACAGGAACGAAUGCGUCUGAUGCUGGAAAAAGCAAAGGUGUCCGACGAAAUCUACAAAUUAUUAUGCGAGAAGUUCUUUCAUUCUGAUAAUAAUGAUUACAACUUUACAUCAGAAGACGGUGGCGAUAGAAUGGAAGUAAUCUCGAGUCGGGUAAGAACAGUGGGAAAUACAUCGAUUUCGGAAAAUGUCGUGUCGAGUUCAAGUAAAUCGGCUGAGAAUAGAGGAUCAUCUGGAAAGUUACCUAGAGAAGAAAUAGGUGUCAUUUCACCUUCACGACACAUUCAAGUACUUCAGGAUAAUCAAGCCGAUGAUGAUUCCGAGGAUUACUAUUCCCAGAACCCUUUAUCAAUCGAAGACGUUAGAAUUUCUAGGGAAACGUCACAAAUGAAGAUGUCUGUUGAAUCUUCUAGGGAAACGUCACAAUUGAAGAUGUCUGUUGAACCUUCUAAGGAAAUGUCACAAUUGAAGAUGUCUGCCGGUCCUUCCAUGGAAACAUCAGCAACAGAAAUGUCUGCUGAACCCGAACCUCCCAAUGAAAAUUUACCAUCAGAAAUGUCUAUUGAACCUGAACUUCCUAUAAAAAUAACAUUACCAGAAAUUUCUAGUGAAUUUGAACCUCCUAUGGAAACAUCACAAUCAGUAAUGUUUACAGAACCUGAACCUCAUAUGGAAAUAUUACCAUCAGAAAUGUCCACGGAAAAAUUGCCACCUCAGAUAAUGACGACCUCCGAACGUUCAAAAUCGUCAUCAUCGAAUUUGGCUGUCGAACUUUCGGAUAGUGAAAAAUUAUCAAUCUAUCCAAACGUCGAACAAUCGACUUCGACAAGCGUUGACGCAGCAGACAUGAAUUUCGGAACGCUUCAGAUACCUUCUUCGGUGUUGCCCAAACCAACCAUACAAGCUAUGAUAGAGAGAGCGUGCAACCCUCAGCUAAGAGAACCUGAUUUGGCGCUAGACUUGGAGAUCGCAGAUUUAAUUAAUCAAAAAAAGCAAAAUUACCCGCGCGAUGCUGCAUUUCAUAUCGUAAAGCUUGUAAAUCAUCGCAACCCAACUGUUGGCUUGUUGGCAUUGACGCUUUUAGAUAUUUGUGUCAAAAACUGUGGUUACCCAUUUCAUUUGCAGAUAGCUACCACGGAAUUUUUAAAUGAACUCGUAAAGGGUUUCCCCGAGAAGCCACCAGCGAUUCCUAAUCCAAUACAAUUGAGAAUAUUGGAAUUUAUUCUCGAGUGGAAAUCUACUAUUUGUGCGACUUCGCGUCACAAGGAUGAUUUACAUCAUAUUGAUGAUAUGUUUCGACUGCUUCUUUAUAAAGGGUACAUGUUCCCUGAACUGGAUGGUCAAUCAGCGGCGGUCCUGCAUCCAACAGAGACGUUGAAAUCCCCCGAUGAAUUGGAGGAAGAGGACCGUGCUGCGCAAGCAGCCAAACUACAAGAAUUGAUCCGUAGAGGUACGCCUGCGGAUCUAGAAGAGGCGAAUGAACUUAUGAAAGUUAUGGCUGGCUAUGAUCCGGAACAAAAGCCUGAUUAUAAAAAGCAGGUUAAUGAAGAAUUAGAGCGUGUUCAAAGGAAAACAAUACUCUUAAAUGAAAUGCUAAACAAUGUUAAACCUGGUGAAAAUAUCGGAAAUGGUGAUGAUUUGGUGCAAUCUUGUAAAGUCGUGCAACCCAAAAUUCAGAAAUUUAUUUCUGAAGAGGAUGAUUCGGAAAGCAUUGAACGUUUAUUGAAUCUAAAUGACUUGAUCAAUACGGUACUGAAGAAAUACGAAGACAUCUCAAACGGAAUAUUUAAAGAAACAGAACUAUCGCCUCCACCGCCACCACCGUCAACGAAUAGUGCGUCGGAAUCCUGGUUAAUUGACUUGGAAGAGGAUGAACAACCACAAGGACAAGGACAAAUUAAAAUUUCCGACGAUUUAAUUGGCAUUACGAGUGUUCCCAACAAUGAACAAGGGAAAAAGGGACCGGUUAUAGAUGAUUUACUUGGGUUAUCGUUUAAUUGA